GGGUCCGCGCUGCAGCCCGCUCCGCUCGCCGCACCGCCCGCGUCAGCGCUCAGCCCUCAACGUUUUGACUUCCCCCUGCCGGCCUCUCCAGUCUCUAGAUCGCUGCCUUUGCUCCACUCUCCUUGCUGUUUGCCACACCACGCUAGCUCUACUAUUCUCCCGUUUAUCCAUAGGCACCCCUGCUUGCAUUUCCCCCGCUCCUUUAUAUGGAAAGCAUCAUUUUGAUUUAGGAUGAGGCGUCUUUUUUAAUCUCGCCCGUUUCAGCACGGAAGACUGAAAGGGAACCUUGACCACCACUCCAACCCUGGUGGCACUUAAAAAAAAAUCACAAUUUUAAAAGAAAGAACAAGAAAAAAGAAAAGUCUUAAGAGGCAAAGGAGCGGAACUCGGGACCCUCUGCAGACCCUUGAUUGUGACCACCCAGGACUAUACUAGUCAUCAGAACUCCUAAUUCAUCCCAUUCAACUGAAAGGGAGGGCGCCUGGAGCUAGAAGCAAACUUCGGUGGUCUCCCUGGAUCCCUGAAUCCCGCAUUUGGAGGGGUCGAGCGCCAGAAAACACAGGACCCCACCAGGAGGAGGAGUCCCGCGUCUCUCUCUUCUCCCACCAAGCCUGAACCUUAGACUGAGACACGCGGGAUAUAGAGAAGGAAAGAGGGUAGUAGAAGAUGCGGGGCUCCGGGCCCCGCGGUGCGGGACGCCGACGGACCCAGGGCAGAGGUGGCGGCGACGACAACCCCCGCAUCCCUGUCUCUCUGGCAGGCUGCUAUUCUGCACCUCUUAAGGGUCCCCUCUGGACGUGCCUCCUCUUGUGUGCGGCGCUCCGGACCCUUCUGGCCAGCCCCAGCAAUGAAGUGAAUUUAUUGGACUCACGCACUGUCAUGGGGGACCUUGGAUGGAUUGCUUUUCCAAAAAAUGGGUGGGAAGAGAUUGGCGAAGUUGAUGAAAACUAUGCCCCUAUCCACACAUACCAAGUAUGCAGAGUUAUGGAACAGAAUCAGAAUAAUUGGCUGUUGACAAGUUGGAUAUCCAAUGAAGGUGCUUCCAGAAUCUUUAUUGAACUCAAAUUUACUCUAAGGGAUUGCAACAGCCUUCCUGGAGGCCUGGGCACAUGUAAGGAGACAUUUAACAUGUAUUAUUUUGAAUCCGAUGAUGAGAAUGGAAGGAACGUUAAAGAGAACCAGUACAUCAAGAUUGAUACCAUUGCUGCUGAUGAGAGCUUUACAGAACUAGAUCUUGGAGACCGUGUCAUGAAACUCAAUACGGAGGUCAGAGAUGUAGGACCUCUGAGUAAGAAGGGAUUUUAUCUCGCUUUCCAAGACCUCGGGGCUUGCAUUGCUCUAGUGUCUGUGCGUGUGUACUAUAAAAAAUGUCCUUCUGUGGUAAGACACUUGGCUAUCUUCCCGGACACCAUCACUGGGGCUGAUUCUUCGCAGUUGUUAGAGGUGUCAGGUUCCUGUGUCAACCAUUCUGUGACAGAUGAUCCUCCCAAAAUGCACUGCAGUGCUGAAGGAGAGUGGCUGGUUCCCAUUGGGAAAUGCAUGUGUAAGGCUGGAUAUGAAGAGAAAAAUGGCACCUGCCAAGUGUGCAGACCUGGGUUCUUCAAAGCCUCUCCUCACAGCCAGAGCUGCAGCAAAUGUCCACCUCACAGUUACACCCAUGAGGAAGCUUCCACCUCUUGUGUCUGUGAAAAGGAUUAUUUCAGGAGGGAAUCUGAUCCGCCCACAAUGGCAUGCACAACUCCCUCGCCAGUCACCAACGUGAAAAGGGGAAAGAUUGCAAAGAACAGCAUCUCUUUGUCUUGGCAAGAGCCAGAUCGCCCCAAUGGAAUCAUCCUGGAGUAUGAAAUAAAGUACUUUGAAAAGGACCAAGAGACCAGCUACACAAUUAUCAAGUCUAAAGAGACCACUAUUACUGCAGAGGGCCUGAAGCCUGCGUCUGUGUAUGUCUUCCAAAUUCGAGCACGAACAGCAGCAGGCUACGGUGUCUUCAGUCGAAGAUUUGAGUUUGAAACCACACCAGUGUUUGCAGCAUCCAAUGAUCAAAGCCAGAUUCCCAUCAUUGCAGUGUCCGUGACAGUGGGAGUCAUCUUGUUGGCAGUGAUGAUUGGCUUCCUCCUCAGUGGCAGUUGCUGCGAGUGUGGCUGUGGAAGGGCUUCUUCCCUGUGCGCUGUUGCGCAUCCAAGCCUAAUAUGGCGGUGUGGCUACAGCAAAGCCAAGCAGGAUCCAGAAGAGGAAAAGAUGCACUUUCAUAAUGGGCACAUUAAACUGCCAGGGGUGAGAACCUACAUUGAUCCGCACACCUACGAAGACCCCAAUCAAGCUGUCCAUGAAUUUGCCAAGGAGAUCGAAGCUUCAUGCAUCACCAUUGAGAGAGUCAUCGGAGCAGGUGAAUUUGGUGAAGUUUGUAGCGGACGUUUGAAACUACCAGGAAAAAGAGAAUUACCUGUGGCUAUCAAAACUCUUAAAGUAGGAUAUACUGAGAAGCAGCGCAGAGAUUUCCUGGGUGAAGCAAGUAUCAUGGGACAGUUUGAUCAUCCGAACAUCAUCCAUCUAGAAGGUGUUGUGACCAAAAGCAAACCUGUGAUGAUAGUGACAGAGUAUAUGGAGAACGGCUCCUUGGACACGUUCUUAAAGAAAAACGAUGGCCAGUUCACUGUGAUUCAGCUUGUUGGCAUGCUGAGAGGCAUCGCUGCAGGAAUGAAGUACCUUUCUGACAUGGGCUACGUGCACAGAGACCUUGCUGCUAGGAACAUCUUAAUCAACAGUAACCUUGUGUGCAAAGUGUCUGACUUUGGGCUUUCCAGGGUACUAGAAGAUGAUCCUGAGGCAGCCUACACCACAAGGGGAGGCAAAAUUCCAAUCAGAUGGACUGCCCCAGAAGCAAUAGCUUUUCGAAAGUUCACCUCUGCCAGUGAUGUCUGGAGCUAUGGAAUCGUAAUGUGGGAAGUUGUAUCUUAUGGCGAGAGACCCUACUGGGAGAUGACCAAUCAGGAUGUGAUCAAAGCAGUGGAAGAAGGCUACCGCCUGCCAAGUCCCAUGGACUGUCCUGCUGCUCUCUAUCAAUUAAUGCUGGAUUGCUGGCAAAAAGAUCGAAAUAGCAGGCCCAAGUUUGAUGAAAUAGUCAACAUGCUGGACAAGCUGAUACGAAACCCAAGUAGUCUAAAGACAUUGGUUAAUGCAUCAAGCAGGGUAUCUACUUUGUUGGCUGAGCAUGGUUCUCUGGGGUCUGGGGCCUACAGAUCAGUAGGUGAAUGGCUGGAAGCAAUCAAGAUGGGCCGGUAUACAGAGAUUUUCAUGGAAAAUGGAUACAGUUCAAUGGACGCUGUGGCUCAGGUGACCUUGGAGUGAGUAAUUUUUCUAAUCAUUUUUACAUAAAUGUUGGGGCAAGAAAAGUAUAUGCAGACAACAGAGUGGAUACAAUCAAGGGAGAACAGUUAAGCUGUGUCCAUAUGUGGCAGCUUUCAAAGAAGCCUCAUCUUUUUCAGCCUGUAUUAUUAACAGCUGCAUGGUUCAUGCUUCCCGUGACCAGUAACUUUGCAUUCUUGUGCAUCAAACAAACAAUAUUUGAGUUUUGGAUAAUUGGAAUUACAACUUCAUGACAAAGUACUGGUACUUUAUGUUGUGGAAAAUUAUGUUUCCUUGAUGAGUUUCUAUAUGGAUACUUACGUUAUAUGAAUGUAAAUAUAAAGCAAAAGAAACUGUAAGCACAAUUGGUGUGGUUAGUCCUGUGUAACAAAACAAAAAAAAACAAAAACUGAAAGAACAUACCCCUAAAUGACAGCUUUCUGCAGUCAAUAACCAGGUAACUACUUAAACCAAGUUUCUCUGGCAGGAAGCUCAUUUAAUAUCCACAUGGUGCAACUUACAUUCUUGAAGUCUCAGAAUAUGUUAGAGCCUGCCUCUGAUGUGUUGUUAUUUGGUACAAUCUCAGUGGAACCAAUUGUGCCCUUUUCUGUUUGCACGUUUAAGAUACAAUUUAGCAAAUCCUAUUAAAUAAAACUCACUAGAGCUAAGUAUCGAAUUGUUUAAGGCUAAAAGUCAUUUGUACUUUAUUAUAUGCUCUUUAUGUGUAAUUAUUUUAGCCUAAUCAUUAUUUGUGAAAUUAAUAGUCCUAUUAUUGUGGUUCCAUCUAGAUUACAUCUUAAUUAAUAAUGUUUUAACCUGUGAAAUCAUGAUAACUGACUUCAAAUGACCUGAAAAUGUAAAGGUUAAAAUUUUGUUUUAAAAUUUUUAAAAGGUUAGGAUGUUCUAAGUCACUAAAACACCAUCUGAACUUCAUCUCUUCAUGUAAUAUUGAUACUGACUGGUUCUGUAGACAUCCUUAGCUAUCAUUUUGGCUUGUUUGAUUCAUUCAAUUCAUUGCUCAUCACCACAAAAGGUAACAGGGUACCAUUACUUAUUAUGGACUAAUAUCAGAGCACUGUCUUCCUUCAUACUGAUAACUUAACAUACAUAAUAUCACAACCACUUGGCUUGCUUUCUUAGUUCGCUUAAUCCCAUUCUCACAGUUACUAUUAAAUCACAUCUAGAAAGCAUGAAUGUUUUGUCCAUUAUUUUUUGGAUUCUCAAGAAAUUCAUUUGUGCUGUAAACAGUAUACUUAAAUAUAUUACUGAUGAUUUAAAACUAUUUUUACAUAAUUACUAUUUAAUUUUUCAGUAAAAAUGGUCAUUUUAAUUUAUUAAAGUCAUUUGUCAUUUUAUAUUAAAAUGAUACUGUAGGUAUUUCUUCUACCCAAUGUCAGAUUAC